CUUUAUUUAGAGGCCAUACUAUACGGUGUGUGUGUGUUGUGUUGCUAUGUGUUAUAAUCAUCUCAUGGGUUAAAUGGGAACUGGAUUUGUUGGUAACUUAAUAAAUGGCAAGUCUUAUAGACUUCAUUGCCGGCUGUGUCGGAGGUGCGGCCGGUGUCCUAGUGGGCCAUCCAUUGGACACCAUCAAAGUGGUAAUGCAGACCAGYUCAACACGUUUGACAAUGACAUCAGUAUUGGCCGAACAUUCGGUUAUCUCACUAUAUCGCGGUCUGUGCGCACCGUUGGCCGGCCUGACGGCCAUCAAUGCCAUCGUUUUCGGCGUCUACGGGUCGCUAAUCAAGAAAAUGGAUGAACCGUCCCUACUAUGGCAGGCAACGGCCGGCUGUGCCGCUGGACUGUCCCAAUCGUUCAUCUCGUGCCCGAUUGAACUGAUCAAAACACGGGCACAGUUACGGUCGAUGUCCGUAAUGGACUGCCUCAGGGAAACCAUACGCAAAGAGGGCUGUAUGCGUGGCCUGUAUCGCGGUUUCGGGGCAACCAUUGUCCGCGAUGUUCCCGCUUUUGCCACAUACUUUGCAUGCUAUGAACUACUAUUGAAGUUGGCGGCCAACAAUGGMCGCGGAGGACGACGKGAAACUACUACUACACCGUCCACAUGGAUGCUACUGAUGGCCGGCGGUACGGCCGGUGCCGUAUCGUGGCUGGCCAUCUAUCCCCUAGACGUAAUCAAAUCACGUAUUCAAGCCGACAAUCAUACGUACCGAUCGAUGGGUCAGUGUAUUAGGCGAUCGCUGGCCGACGACGGCUUCAAUGUGUUUGUCAGGGGAGUAACGCCGACACUGGUUCGGGCAUUUCCGACCAAUGCGACCACUUUUGCCGUAGUCACCUGGACAUUGUGGUCGUAUGAAUAUUAUUAUUGUGAUGAUGAGCGGUCAGCGGCGGCGGCCGCGACGGGAAAAACUAGUGAUAAUAUACUGGAAUAAUAAUAAUAAUAAUUUU